UCAAAAUGUAUUGGUACUAUCCACAUUUGCAUGAGUAGAAAACCGCUUUUUUUUUUGCAGGACGUAAAUGUAACCAAUGGUUAGGAAAUCCUCUCAAAAAAAUAAAAUCAAAAGGUAUAAAAGAAGUCUUCAAUUAACCGUUUAUUUUUUUCGAUAUCGACAUUAAACUGAUUAAAAAAAUUAUUAAACUAUGAAAUACUCAUUAGCACUUUUGACUCUUGUGUGCUUCCUCUUCCAAUUUGUGUUUGUCACUGCUGCUGCUUUCAAUCGUAGACAAGACGAUCCUGAUGAUGCCAACAAGCAAGGUAUGGGUGGCGGCUUUGGUGGUGGAAACGGUGGUGGAAACAGUGGUGGAAACGGUGGAGUGUCAACAACAGAGUCUUUUUCUGCUGCAGUAGGAUAUGAAAGUGAAGAAGAAGAAGAUGACGCGAUACAUCAUUGACUAAAUAGAGUCAUUACAAUUACAAAUUUGUAGCUAAGCACGGUC